CUGCCUCUGUGGCCGUCUCCUCCUGGACCCUGGUGGCCAUCAGCUGCGAGCGUUAUUAUGCCAUUUGUCAUCCGUUGCGGUCGAGGUCCUGGCAGACAAUUAGCCAUGCCUACAAGAUAAUCGGAUUCAUAUGGCUGGGCGGCAUUCUCUGCAUGACGCCAAUAGCCGUAUUCAGUCAAUUGAUACCAACGAGCCGGCCAGGUUUCUGCAAAUGCCGCGAGCACUGGCCCGACCAGGGCUACGAGCGUUUCUAUAAUAUUAUGCUGGAUCUCAUUCUGCUCGUGCUGCCCCUGCUGGUGCUCUGCGUUGCCUACAUCCUAAUAACACGCACUCUCUACGUGGGCAUGGUUGUUGGCAAGGAUGUGCGAACAUUGCCACCGAGCAGCGGCAGUGCUCAGACGAUGGCAACGGCGGCUAUAAGCGCUACGCCUGGCAGCAGCAGCUGUGUUCUGGUCCUGAAUGUAACGGCCGACUACAAUGAGAGCAGCAGCAGCAACAACAACAACGCAACGCGAAGCACAGCAGCACCAGCAGCAGCAGCGGCGGCAACAACAACAACGACACUUACAACGACAACAACAACAACGACAUUGACAACCGUUACGCCGGCUAAGACCCCAACCGCCUCGCCGAGUCUACGCAUCCACGACGCGGCGCUGCGCAGAUCCAACGAGGCCAAGACGCUGGAGAGCAAGAAGCGCGUGGUGAAGAUGCUGUUCGUGCUGGUGCUGGAGUUCUUCAUCUGCUGGACGCCGCUGUAUGUGAUCAACACGCUGAGCAUGUUCAUCGGUCAGGCGCUGUACGAGUACAUUGACUACACGACGAUCAGUUUUCUGCAGCUGCUGGCCUACUCCUCCAGCUGCUGCAAUCCGAUUACCUAUUGCUUCAUGAACGCCAGCUUCCGGCGCGCCUUUGUGGACACCUUCAAGGGAUUGCCGUGGAAGCGCGCCGGCACGGCGGGCGGCCAGCUGUCGGCUAGCCAAGCGAAUGCCAAUCCCGGCCUGGUCAUGGGCCUGGACACCUGGCGCACACGGUCGCGCCACGAUCAACAGGUGAACUCGGUGAUCUAUACGAACAGUGCCGUUGCCGCCGACAGUCCGCAGCUCUAAGGCUGCCAGCUCUCUGCUCGGAUCGGACGCACUUUUGGGAUUAGUUGUCUAUCUAACUAC